GUCCGACGUCACAUUGCUUUUCCUUUUUCGACAUCGAGCUCUCUCUCUCGCGCAUAUAUAGAGUCCUCCACGAUCUCUUCUCAAGAUCGCAUUAGAGCCUUCCAUUGCCGGCAAGAACCUAUCUACUGACUUCUGAACCUAUUCUACGCUCAACGAUCAAAAUGGUGAAGCUCGUUUCUCCCAUCUUCACGAUUGCCCUCUUCAUGUCGACUCUCACUCAAGGCAGAGUGAUGCCGAAAACGGGCUCACUCCAAAAACGCGACCCUUUGCCUGAUGGUACUCUCAGCCUUAAAGCUAGGGCCGAUGAGCCCUUUGAAGUCGCUAUAUUCCAAGCCCCCCUCUGCGCUGGAGCUGACGCCCAACUCGCCAAUCAAUUCGACGCUACCCCGGGGGAAUGCGUGGACUCCACUUUCACCGACUCUCUCACUGGAGAUGGCUUCGCCGGGCCCUUCGAGAGCUACAUCCUGUCGGGCGGAUUGGCCGGGCAGAAUUGCCCGGUUCAGACCUGGUCGCAGCCUGACUGCAAGGGCACGCUGGUUACCAACAGCGCUCUGGAGAAAACUUGUGUUGAGGCGGCCAAGCUUACGCCUGUGACGCUUUAUGCCCAGUCGUUCAAGGUUUGCUGUCAGGGGACGGCUGGGUGCUGAUUGCGAUGUUACAGUAUACUGUCACUUCCGCGGACGGAUGGCAGAUGGAGCUGGUAUUGGAUCAGAGGGUUUCAGGUCAGAGUUGAAGAGCAGCUUGCGGUUCUUCGGACACACGUUCACUUUAUAAGCUACUGCGUUUUGGUCGAAUUUGGUCAAAUAACCACUCGUUUAUCUUUAA